UAUGGAGUUGUGGAUGAGGGAGUGGUAUAUCCAGGAGAUGUGGAGGUGGUUCUGAAACUGAACAAUGGACCCGUCAUCUGCUCUGAUGUGACAGUUGCUGACACCAGCUGUACUGUGACACUCCCCAGAGACAUCUACAACAUCUCUAUCACCCAGUCCAAUGACAUUGGCUCUACUGUAGACAUGGCAACUUUUGAUAUGGCAGUACUAGUUGUAUCAGAGCAAUUUUCCUUGAUGCUAAACACUCAAUUGUUGUUUGUUGUCACCGUGAGAAGAAACAGACUGUGUCCAGAGACUAAGUCUCCAGUUCUGGUAACAUUCGGAACCAGAGCACUGACUGGAGGAGAGUGUGAGAUCCGGCAGAAAGCAACCGAAAUGACUAUCUCUUCUGGAGACUCUGCCUCCUUCUAUGUAGAUGCUGUGUCUAUGUCCUUGGGCCCCGAUGAGACUAUCUGCUUUAUAGUCAGCCUUGAUGGACUACCUGUGAUAUCUGGCACUAGUUCAAGGAAUGCCUCCACAGCCAUCACUACUAGUUGUAGUAGCAAUGAAAAAUGGCCUCUCAGUUGAUGCUGGUGCAGGUAUUUCAGUAACCCUCACUCUACUG